GUGUGUAUGUGUGUGUGGGUGGGUGGGUGGAGAAUGGGGUUGCAUGGAAACACAGUUAACUCUUCAGGGACCUCCCAUGCACAGUGGCUGAAGAGCAUGGCAGGUGAGGGCCGGCUGAGAUUUGGCACCAGUGCCUGGGCAGUUUGGGAAUUCAAAUGCAGUCAUCACGGGCAUAGUAACCAGAAUAACCAUGCAGGCACUCACACCGAAACUCACUGCGGCAACCCGUGUCCUAUCCGCCAGGAGUUCUGGCCAGAAUCCCACGUCGGCUGGACUCAAGUUCUGGUGACGUAUGGAGUGUCUGGGGGCACACCACGUUACUGGAGCCAUAUAUUUCCUAAUGUCACAUUCUUAUUAGUUAUAUCUAUUUUGGCUUUUAAAUAGUUACAAGAGGUUUAAAAAUAGUUAAUCAAUAAUCAUAAUAAUGCUUUUUUUAUUAAAAAAUUUUAUUAAAAGAUCCACUUAUAAACAUACCCUCUCACGAUGAUAACAAAAUGUUGGCCUUGAUCAGAAAAUCUGAUAUAACAAAACAUUGUUACUUCCAUGGAAGUCUUCAAUAUCUCUAGUUUCUAACAGUGAAAAAAAUUAAAUUCUCCAGUUCAGACUGUGCCUGUGGUUGGGGAGAUAUUUAUUGGUGCCUGGUUCUUAGCUGUUGGCCUGCACAUGGGUCCCUCUGUCCAUGUGCACCUGUCGUCACAGUCUCAUCUCCGCCUGUAACAGCUUUGACAUUUUGACUUGUCAGUCAUGGUAUUUUAAAGCAACCAUUAAAUCUUGGCUCCUGGGGAUGCUUUAGAAAGUCUCUGACCCCCCAAGCAGGGGCACUUCUGCUGAACUAACACUCCUAUAAAUGAGAGAAAACGCAUCACCUUUUAAAUAACGUGCCCAAUCUCCAAAUGUGCAACUCUGAUAGUAAUAAAAAUAACCUAGUUUUCUCGGGAGACCUUGCUAAUGCAGCCUCAUUUUUUUUUUCACAUUUUGCUGGAGAUCUUUUGUUCUUAUCCAUCUCUAUUCUCCCCCCUUUUUAAUUUGUUGCAGGUGUUGUUGCUAAUGAGCUCUCUCUCCUCCCCUCUUGCAUUGAAAGACAAGCCAGCCCCAGGUACCUGGAUGGAUUGAGAGCUGAAAGCUCAGAAACUUUAUAAUAAGUUGCUAGUGGCUACCAGCCAGGGUCAGCUGGCCCCCAUUAGUACCUGUCCCCACCAGAGCAGACCAAAUAACCUUCUCCACGGUUAACACCUCAGUAGCUUUGUUUUCCAGUCCAGUCGUGCAAUUGUUGUCACUUUAAGGCCAUAUGAAAAGAAAUCUCUUUUAUUGGUCUGAGAUGCCAAGUCCAGUCCCAGAGAGGGGACAUUUUCCAGCUAACGUGUACACCUCCUGACGUUACUUUAUCUUUACAACACAGGCUGGAGGGUUGUUUUCAGUCGUGUUGAGCGCACCACACAUUAAGGGCACUUGAAAGACCCGGAUUGAUUGGAAGGACAGAAAUUAAAGGCGAUCUGACCCGGCCUCAUGCCGGGUCCCUGCGGAUUUUCUCCUUAUCCCAUUUCCACCCACCGUCACAAUUUGAGAAUCUGCCUGAUUUGAUCAGAUUCACCUCCGGGAGAGGUGUGACGCCAAGGUUAGGAGGACGCAAAGUUAUGGGCAACUUUUUGACCCGCCCAUCAGCAGUCUGAGAAACGCUGGCUCUGAAUUUUCUGUAUCGGCCUUUCGGAAAAACAAGUUCCUUGCUGUUUGCAAACCUUCGGCGCUUGAGAUCCUGGGACAUCCCAGCCACCAUCGUCUGGUAGAUGUGGCCUUUCCAUGCUGAGGCCGAGAGUCCCUCCUGACCCCGUGGCUGCCUCUCCAGGGCCUCUCUGGGCUGCGCCCCCGCGGCCCCUGCAGCCAUGCUGCACCUGCUGGCUCUCUUCCUGCACUGCCUCCCGCUGGCCUCUGGGGACUACGACAUCUGCAAAUCCUGGGUGACCACGGACGAGGGCCCCACCUGGGAGUUCUAUGCCUGCCAGCCCAAGGUGAUGCGCCUGAAGGACUACGUCAAGGUGAAGGUGGAGCCCUCGGGCAUCACAUGCGGAGACCCCCCGGAGAGGUUCUGCUCCCACGAGAACCCCUACCUGUGCAGCAACGAGUGCGACGCCUCCAACCCGGACCUGGCCCACCCGCCCCGGCUCAUGUUUGACAAGGAGGACGAGGGGCUGGCCACCUACUGGCAGAGCAUCACGUGGAGCCGCUACCCGAGCCCGCUGGAGGCCAACAUCACCCUGUCCUGGAACAAGAGCGUGGAGCUGACGGACGACGUGGUGGUGACCUUCGAGUACGGCCGGCCCACCGUCAUGGUCUUGGAGAAGUCCCUGGACAACGGGCGCACGUGGCAGCCCUACCAGUUCUACGCGGAGGACUGCAUGGAGGCCUUCGGCAUGUCCGCCCGCCGGGCCCGUGACAUGUCGCCCUCCAGCGCCCACCGCGUGCUCUGCACCGAGGAGUACUCGCGCUGGGCGGGCUCCAAGAAGGAGAAGCACGUGCGCUUCGAGGUGCGGGACCGCUUCGCCAUCUUCGCCGGCCCGGACCUGCGCAACAUGGACAACCUGUACGCGCGGCUGGAGAGCGCCAAGGGCCUCAAGGAGUUCUUCACCCUCACCGACCUGCGCAUGCGCCUGCUGCGCCCCGCCCUGGGCGGCACCUACGUGCAGCGGGAGAACCUCUACAAGUACUUCUACGCCAUCUCCAACAUCGAGGUCGUUGGCAGGUGCAAGUGCAACCUGCACGCCAACCUGUGCUCCGUGCGCGAGGGCAGCCUGCAGUGCGAGUGUGAGCACAACACCACCGGCCCCGACUGCGGCAAGUGCAAGAAGAACUUCCGCACCCGCUCCUGGCGGGCCGGCUCCUACCUGCCGCUGCCCCACGGCUCUCCCAAUGCCUGUGCUGCUGCAGGCUCCUUUGGCAACUGUGAGUGCUACGGCCACUCCAACCGCUGCAGCUACAUCGACUUCCUGAACGUGGUGACCUGCGUCAGCUGCAAGCACAACACGAGGGGCCAGCACUGCCAGCACUGCCGCCUGGGCUACUACCGGAACGGCUCGGCCGAGCUGGACGACGAGAACGUCUGCAUCGAGUGCAACUGCAACCAGAUCGGCUCCGUGCACGACCGCUGCAACGAGACCGGCUUCUGCGAGUGCCGCGAGGGCGCGGCGGGGCCCAAGUGCGACGACUGCCUCCCCACGCACUACUGGCGCCAGGGCUGCUACCCCAACGUGUGCGACGACGACCAGCUGCUGUGCCAGAACGGCGGCACCUGCCUGCAGAACCAGCGCUGCGCCUGCCCGCGCGGCUACACGGGCGUGCGCUGCGAGCAGCCCCGCUGCGACCGCGACGACGGCGGCGGCGGCGGCCCCGACUGCGACCGCGCGCCCGGGGCCGCCGCGCGCCCCGCCACCCUGCUCGGCUGCCUGCUGCUGCUGGGGCUGGCCGCGCGCCUGGGCCGCUGA